AUGAGUAAAGCACUUUGCUUCUGGGCAUUCGAGAACUUGCAGCGCCGUCUCUCCCCUCAGAAAAAGCCAAUUGGUUUAGACCACUAUUUGUUGGCCACCAAAUCCACCACAUCCGACUUUCCAGCAUCGGCACCCAUGUUCAUCACUUGGAACAAAGAUGACGAUUUGAGAGGUUGUAUAGGUACGUUUCUGCCUUUGAACACAGAGAAGGGCGUGGCCAAAUAUGCUCUUGUGAGCGCCUUUGAGGAUCCCAGAUUCCCACCCAUUACAGCCAAAGAGCUUCCACAAUUGUCCGUUAGUGUGACAUUGCUUGACAAGUUUGAGAAAAUCUCAGCUCCCCUCGACUGGACUGUUGGGAAGCACGGGCUCAAGGUUUAUUUUGAGAUCUCGGGUAAAGGGUACCUGGGCACGUUUUUGCCCAAUGUUGCCCCUGAACAAGGUUGGAAUGCCGAAGAUACCCUCUGGAAUUUGGCUCGGAAAGCCCAUUACGGCAACUUGAAACGUGGCGACACAGUGGCCUUCUACGAGCGAGGUUUAGCCGAGGGUUGGCUUGAAUUGACAACUUACGAAGGACUCAAGGCCGAGGCAAGCUACGACGAGUACCAGAGUGCAGCUUAG